AUGAUGGACCAGCGGUGGCGCCCGACGGUGAACGAGCGGGAGUUCAUCGAGCAGGCCCUCCAGUCGGACCUCCGCGUCGACGGCCGCCGCCCCUUCGACUUCCGCCCCUUCGACUUCCGCAAGCUCACAAUCUCCUUCGGCAGGGAGGACGGCUCCGCGGAGGUGCUGCUCGGCGAGACGUGCGUGAUGGGCUAUGUGACCGCCCAAUUGGUCCCGCCGUACAAGGACAGGCCGAACGAGGGCACGCUCGCCAUAUUCACCGAGUUCUCGCCCAUGGCUGAUCCCGCCUUUGAGCCGGGGCGGCCCGGGGAAGCGGCGAUUGAGCUGGGUCGUGUCAUCGAUCGUGGCCUAAGGGAGAGCAGAGCCGUGGAUAUGGAAUCCUUGUGUGUUGUUGCGGGGAAGCAUGUCUGGGCGGUGCGCGUUGACCUUCACAUUCUGGACAAUGGGGGGAAUCUCAUCGAUGCAGCUAACAUCGCUGCAUUGGCAGCUUUGUCUACAUUCCGGAGGCCUGAAUGCACGGUUGGUGGGGAUGAUGGUCAGCAAGUCACAGUACAUGACCCUGAGGUCAUGGAUCCACUUCCCCUAACAAUUCAUCAUCUCCCCAUAGCUGUAACCUUUGCAUAUUUUGGUGACGGUAAUAUCAUGGUUAUCGAUCCAACAUACAAGGAAGAAGCUGUUAUGGGAGGAAGGAUGACAGCUACGGUUAACUCGAAUGGUGAUGUCUGUGCCAUUCAGAAAGCUGGUGGAGAGGGUGUCAUGUCAAGUGUUAUCAUGCAGUGUUUAAGGAUUGCUUCGGUUAAAGCUGCUGAUAUCACAAGCAAAAUAAAGACCAAGGUCGAUAAGUACACUACUGAUAAGGCAUUGCAGAAAGUAAAGCGUACUCCAGCAAUAGUUGCUAAAGAAGUUAACGUUCCUGAUGUCGCUAUGAAGGAGAGCAUGCAUAGUGCAAUGGAAAACCAAACCUCGAAGGCACCCAAUGAUGAUCAGCAGAUAAGUGAAGAUUCACCAGCUGUAGCAAAUGACAAAAAGCAUGAGGAUGUCGAGCCAGUGUUGAUUGAAUCUAAUCCAGAGGUGAAAAGUGUGUCAAAUUCUGGAAGUGCUGGAGAGUCAGAUGAGGUCAAGGAAAGCAGAUCACCGGAGAGUCUAGUAGAUGCUGUCAAACCAAAACAUAAAAGGAAGAAGAAACAACAUGGCAAGAGUUAG